CCAGUUUAUUACAUACACCCUCAGCCCUUUUGUCGAAACCCUUAACCCACGACUUACGCACGACCCUCAAAACCCACAACCCUCUUGCUCAAACCCUCAAAACCCACGACCAUCUAUAGCUCUCUCCGAUCACUACAGCCACCCCCGACGAGUACGACGGCAAGGACGACCUUCAGUUUCUCUCUUCGACGACGACGGCGACCCUUCAGUUACUCUCUUUGACAGCUGGUUGGAGAGGAAAGGGGUGUUGGCCGAGAGAUAAGCUAUUGAGUCUUUGAAGCACCAUAAUCUGUGAUGAGCUGCAAGACUCAACCCUUCAUUUUCAAUCUUCAUCUCCAACAAGUCUCCAAUUUUCUUUGAAUAGUAAGUUUUGGGGUUAAGCAUCAAGAAUCUAAAUUGGAAGGAGAGUGGUUAAGCAUCAAGAAUCUAAAUUAGAAAGAGAACACGAUUUUUUCCAAGUUUUGAGCUAGAGAAAAAAGAAAUCAAAAUUCAAGAUCCAGCCCGCCAUCAUGUUUGGUUAAAAUCCCGCAAGAAAAAUAAUGUCCUAGUUACGGACUUGGAUAGGGAGAUUGCCGCAAGAAUAGCUGAACUCGAGGAAAAAGUAAACUCGGGGGAAGUUUUGGCCAGUGGUCGGAAUGACAUAUUGACUCAAGCAUUAGGGACACCUGAGCACCCUGGCCGGGUCAGAGCUGCUGGGUUCACUGCAAAGGCUAGUAAGAUAUUUGGUCGAAAGAAAAGGGCUAAAUGUAGUGAAUCAUCCUCCCAAAAACAAGAAAUUCUUCAACUCAAAAAAGAAAUUGAAGAAUUGAAGAAAAAACUGUAUGCUGCACAAGAACAAGAUGAUGGUAAUGACAACUCCUCAGAAGAAAAUGAUGAUCACUUAGAUGAUCAUCAGGAGUUUGGAGGGUACGAAGAUGAUAAUCAGACACCUCCUGUCAUGUACAACUUCUCAUCCACUAAUAACAACGAAGUACUUUUGUGUUCAGACAACAUCCAUAAUAUAGUGGCCAAAGGUGUGGUUCUGGAAUCUGUUAGUCCAGUAACAAUUCAUACCGUGCAGUAUAAAGAAGGGAUUGCACGAGUUUUAAUUACAGAACAACUUCAAGAGGAGGCUGAAAUUGCUCAUCCUAUCGAAAAUAUCCGAUAUGUCUAUGAGACAAAGGACACAUUUCUUCCUUGGCCAAAACAUUUAAUUUUAAAUUUGGAUAAGGUUCCCAUAUUCCCAGAUGUCGCAUCCACCCAUAAAUCAUCGUCAAAGGGGAAGCAGAUAGCAACCCCUCACAGAUCACCGAAUAAAGGGAAACAGAUAUCAACUCUUCCUGCUAUGUCUUCGGCUGGGUCACAAUCAAAUGUCAAGAUAGAUCAAGUGGACAAGAAUGCAACAUUCAAGCCGGAGGUCUGGGCUCAAAUACCUGUAUGUCUCCACUUUUUAGUUGAAGAAUUUAUAAGGAGGAAAGGGAAGUGGAGCGUUGUUGAAGUUCCAACUGAUCCAGACUUCAUGCCACCUCGCACACAUAUUAUCUUGUCAUCAGAGGAUGUAGAGCAGGUUGGAACCUUAAAUUUUAUUGGAUGUCAAGGCAUGAUCUUUGGAAUUAGAUGCAUUUGGGAGGAUUUAACGAAUAUGCGGGAGUAUUUCAAGUUCUUUGACCCAGAGCUACUCAAUGCCACAGACAAAGAUGGAAUUGUCCACCAAGAAGUUGUUAUCAAAUUGGCUGAAUGGUUGAAUACAAUGAAUAACAAAUCUCAGAUGUUCUUCAUACCGUGGAACUACGAACGUCAUUGGAUGCUUGAGAUCGUUUGUGCUGGAAAGAUCAUUCACUUGGACCCUUGGCUUAGACAUAAACGCCCUAAGAUGACUAUUGACCUCACACUCCAAAGGGCAUAUGAACUGCUCGGAGGUUCCAACGAGUUACUUGGAACAUUUCCAGGAGUAACCGUUGCAGCGUGUCCAAAACAAACAUUGGGAAUUGAAUGUGGUUUUUAUGUACUUAGGUACAUUAAUGACAUUGUGAAAGCUCUAAAUUCAUUCGUUAUUAUAAGAGAAAAGUUUGGAAAGAUGGACACAUACGAUGUGGAGACGAUGUUGCUACCACUGCAACAUCAAUGGUUAUCGAAAUUGACACGAUACUUGUACUAGUUAACUUUAGACUUUUAAUUUUAGGCAAUACUUAUUUUGUUUAUUUUUUUUAUUAGUAAGGACUUAACAUAUUUUGUAAUGUAUACUUUAACUUUGUUAUAAUAUAAUUACAAUAUCUUUUGUA